UAUCUGAAGCUUUCAGGCCAGGCGCUGAUCUUUUGGAUCUUUUUCCUGUCCAAGUUGAGACCCACCUUUCGCCAUACCAUGACCAGCUACACGGAUAAAGGGGAGAAGCAUGCGAGGGGAAAGUUUGUCAAGUUUCAUCACAUCACCUUCUGGGUUGGCAACGCCAAGCAGGCAGCUUCAUUCUACUGUGAUAAGAUGGGCUUCCAGCCUCUGGCCUACAAGGGUUUGGAGACGAGCAGCCGUGAGGUGGUGUCUCAUGCCAUCAGACAGGAUAAGAUAGUUUUUGUGUUCCAAUCUCCUCUAAACCCUGGAAAUGAAGAAAUGGGGGAGCACUUGAUGAAGCAUGGAGACGGAGUGAAAGACAUCGCUUUCCAGGUCGAGGACUGUGAUUUCUUGGUUAAGCUUUUAUCCUGA